AUGGAUAAAAUCGUUAUUGAAACGUCUUUUGCUAAUUCUCUAUUCAAAUGUUCACUCUGUAAUGGACUCAUCCAUUUAGCUACAGUUAUUAAUGAGUGUUUUCAUCGUUUUUGCAAAUUAUGUAUAGUAAAUUAUUUCGAAAAAAAUCACAAUGCUUGUCCAACGUGUCAAAUCAUUAUUGUUAAUCCAUUACAAACACUAAAAUUUGAUCUUACUUUUCAACGAUUAUUAUAUAAACUCUAUUCAAGUGAAAUCGCGUGUAAAUCAUCUCUAUUACCAACGAAUGAAUCGACUCGUAUUCAGAUCGAAACAAAGAUUAGUGUUUAUUUGGAAUAUUGGGAUAUUUCAUUGGAUCUAUUUCCGAAUGAAUCACGAACAAUACUAUCAAAGUGUUAUUUACAAUGCCAAGCUGGUACAUCAUUAGUAGCUAUUGAAAAAUUUCUUCGUAUUAAACAUUCAUUAUCAUCAACGAUGAAAAUCGAUCUUUUUUAUGAGUCAUUUCUGUUGGAUAUUGAUAGCGAACGUCUAAUUGAUAUUUGUUAUUGUUUUGAUACAACGAAUAAAAAUUCAUCGCUCGUUAUUCGAUUUACUGUGAGUCCGUAUGGUUAUCAAGCAAUAAUGAAACGUAUUCGCCAAUCAAAACAGCCAACGCCAUUAAAAAUUGAUGUAUUAGAACCUAUCGCUAAUUCAUCGUUAUCUUCUACGAGUUCCGUUGAUUCAAAACUGAAAGUAAAACUAUGUCGAUCACAAAGUUCAACGAAUGAUUGGUACAUAUCGCAAUCGAAAACGCCCAGUGAACUUCCUGAUCUGAUUAAUUCAUGUGAAAAUCGAACAGAUCAUAAACCAAUAUCAUUAAAAAAGAAAACAAUCUUAAACAAACCUCGACGACGACGUAUACGUUUUAUUCCAACGAUGGUUAGAGUCCCACCAUCAAUAUUUGAUCGUCUUUCGAAUAAACAAUAUGAUUUCGAUAUAUUUCAAUCAAAUGAAAUGGACGUCGACAAUAAUCUAACAGACAUAUUCGAUGAUGUUCAACAAACAUCGUCCAACCAAAAAACUGUUUGUAAAGUUCCACCCUAUACGCCUGAAACUUCUUCAUUCUAUGACAAUGCACCACUUGAUUUAAGUUUAAAAUGA